AGGAACUACCUGUCCAAGAUUUCUCCUUUGUGCCUUUUUGCUUCGCUCCAUCAUCUGCGACCCCCAUUUGGCUUUAUCUGGCUCUGUGUAUUUGUCUGGUCCUCCUCCACAGUGGCCUUCUCGGCCCUGCGAUCUCCAGCAAAUUGUCCAAUUCCACCUGAGUGCACGCUGUUGACUGGAUAGGACGGAGCCAAAGGGCAUUCGGCUCAGCUCUGCACUAUUGGUCCAGGCCGCAAGAUAUCUUGAAGCUGAAACAUUGGUUGUUCUCUGGGAUAAGCGUGUAGUUCCUCGAGACUUGGACCUUCACGUAGACGUCUUAAAGCUUGCUUGAGCCGUCAAAAGCCUUAAUGGCCCAACCCAUGCAGCAUGCGCGACAGAAUUCAAUGCAGGGCAGUGAGGGCAAUACCGGUGUCAUGUCGCCAGAAUUAUACGGUUCGCCAUAUGGAGGGAGCGGCGACCCAGUUCCUCCAAUGUCGUUGAAUCAGCAGGAUUCACGAGACGAUUUAGAGAGAGUUAUGGAGACCAGUCCAAAUGCAAGAUAUGCAAAGCUCAAUCAACUGCUAGGAAAGGGCGCGUACAAGGUUGUAUAUAAGGCGAUUGAUAGGGAGGAGGGCUACGAAGUCGCGUGGAAUACGUGCCAGACUACCAAAGCGGAGUUUAUGGAGUUGAGCGAGGAGAUUGAGAUCCUGAAACGAGUGCGGCAUCCGAAUAUCAUACAAUUCCAUGAUUGCUGGUACAAUAAUAUGGAGUUCGUUUUUAUUACGGAGCUGAUGACUUCUGGAACACUGCGAGAGUAUAUUCGCAAACUUCAGAUUCCAAAUUUGAAGAUUGUAAAGCGAUGGGCACGACAAAUACUAAAGGGUCUAUCAUAUCUUCACUCACACGAUCCACCAAUUAUCCAUCGCGAUAUUAAGUGCGAUAACAUUUUCAUAAACGGUGCACACGGAGAGGUGAAGAUAGGGGAUAUGGGAACGGCAAAGAUGAAGCUUGGGAAGAAGUACACAGUCAUAGGGACGCCGGAAUUCAUGGCACCGGAAAUGUAUGAGGAAAAGGGGUACAGCGAGAAAGUUGAUAUAUAUGCAUUCGGAAUGGCGUUGUUGGAAAUGGUCACUGGAGAAUAUCCAUAUAACGAGUGCAAAAACGCGGCGCAAAUCUACAAGAAAGUCACGCAGGGCAUUAAACCUGAAUGCCUAUCGCGAGUCACCGAUCCAGAAGUUCUGGAUCUGAUCAAUAACUGCAUAGGAAAUGAGCAUGACCGACUAAGCGCACAGGAAAUUAUCGAGCAUCCUUUCCUCGCCUUGGAGCCUGAAGUAGUGCUCGUAAUGACAGAGAACAAAACUCACUUGACCAUGCAAGUAGUCUUCAAGGGCAUGGACAAGCUGUCGGUGAAAUUUGAGUUCAACGUGGACACAGAUACCGCGGAAGAGGUGGUGAAUGAGAUGAUCCAAGAGCAGGUGCUUCCAGCCAAGUAUCAGCACCUGAUAACCGGGGAGAUUAAUCGCAUUCUGCGAGAGAUGAACAAACCAUCGCCAGAUGAGGACAAAAACAGAGAGGAGUCACGGCAAGGGUGGGCUACACGAAGUAACAGCAUGUCACAAAACACGCCGCAGGACGCAGAGCCUGGAACACGGCCACCUCAGCAAGCGGAUGACGGAACUCCAAGCAGCGAAUCAGCGCCACUCCUGCGGAAAGUGUCACUACAAGAAGCCCGUAGCGAAGAUUUUGUUGAUUUCCCACAUAAAGAAUAUGCUGAUGACCGACCUAUUGAAGAGAUGGUCAUGGACACGGCAAUAGCCACCAACCGAGGAGUGGAGAAAGCGAACGAGUGGUUGGCCAAGCUGAAAGCCCAAGACAUUAUGACUGUAGGCGACAUGCGGGAGUUACAUGACGAGGAUUGGUCGAGCCUGGGCCUUACGGUGUUCGCAAGUCGCGCUUUGAAGAACGUUUUGUAUGGUAAACCUGCUCGACCUGCGCCCACCAAUAGGGAAUCGUAAAUACAUGUAGACUAAUGAGGCGCCGGGAGGGGGUGUGACUGAUGCGAAGAAAAUGACUCUUUUGGUUUGUUGCUAGAAGAUACCCUCUGGUUCAAAUUGAAACCGUUAUGCAUCUCAUUGCACCUGUUGAACUGAAGAUAGAGACUGAAUUUUGUAUCUACGAUUGACUUAAUGACUUCACAAGACAUAUCGCAAUUAGCGAAGCAUUCCUCGUAAUAUGUCA